UUUCUAGAUUGACAUGCUCUAACCAAACUUAGAUAUCUGUUUCUUUCUAGAUUUGAUGAGUGGCUUUUAUUUUCUGAAUCACACCAAGUGCCAGCCCUUCAAGGUCACCAGGCGCCUCCAUCCAUUCAUCUCCCAGCGCAUGACCCACUACUCUUCAUUCGCGCCACAUUCUUGUUAUCACUCACAUUUACUGGCGCCGGCUUUGAGCACGUUCAUGUUCAUGGAUUCCUUUUUUUUUCCCCGACUGAAGAGACAAAAAUGGAAGAAAGAAACACAGUUGAGAGGGCGAUGUGUCAGAACGGCUCUGCUGACCUUGACAGGGACUCCGCAAAGACGGACAAACGUCCAGUAAAGGCCGCUGUGCUUCAUAAGGAGGUGGGCCUGAUGAGCGCCGUCUGUCUGAUCGUGGGCACCAUGAUCGGCUCAGGCAUCUUCAUCUCUCCUAAAGCGGUACUGCUCAAUUCCGGAGCUGUGGGACCCUGCCUCAUCAUCUGGACCGCCUGUGGGGUCUUAGCCAUGCUGGGAGCGCUGUGCUACGCCGAGCUGGGCACCAUGAUCCCAAAAUCUGGAGGCGAGUACUCCUAUCUGAUGGAGGCUUUCGGCUCCCCGCUGGCCUACCUUUUCUCGUGGACCACCGUGAUGGUAUCCAAGCCCUCCGGCUUGGCCAUCGUCACGCUGAGCUUUGCCGAGUACGCCUCGGCUCCUUUCUAUCCUGGGUGCAGCCCUCCCGCCAUGGUCACCAAGUGUCUGUCGGCUGCAGCUAUAGUUUUCAUUGUGACCAUCAACUGUUUCAGUGUCAAGCUAGCGAGUUACGUACAAAACAUCUUCACUGCGGCCAAACUUCUAAUCAUCGUCGUCAUCGUGGCAGCAGGGGUUGUUUUCUUGGCACAAGGAAAAACCGAAAACUUGUCCAAUGCGUUUGAUGGCAAGUCAGUGUCUGUUGGAGGAAUUGGACUUGCCUUUUAUAAUGGACUCUGGGCCUAUGAUGGAUGGAGUCAACUGAAUUUCAUCACAGAGGAGCUGAAAAACCCUUCCAGGAACCUCCCAAUGGCCGUACUUAUUGGGAUCCCCUUGGUGGCCAUGUGCUAUGUGAUGGUCAACAUUGCUUAUUUCACCGUCAUGACCCCAAAUGAACUACUGUCUUCCCCUGCGGUGGCGGUGACAUUUGGAGACAAAGUUCUUUACCCUAUGUCUUGGAUGGUUCCACUUUUUGUGGUCUUUUCCACAUUUGGUUCGGCAAAUGGAAGCUGCUUCACUGCGGGCAGGCUGGCGUAUGUAUGUGGCCGAGAAGGUCACAUGGUGGAAAUUUUAUCUUUUAUUAGUCUGAGGCGCUUAACCCCGUCCCCAGCUCUCAUGUUCAACGGUUUUCUGGCGAUUUUAUACAUAAUCCCAGCCGACAUCAACACACUUAUCAACUACUUCAGCUUUGCUCAGUGGUUCUUUCACGGCCUGACCAUCUUGUCUCUGAUUGUCAUGCGUUUCACUAGGAAGGAGCUGAAAAGACCGGUUAAGGUUCCCAUUAUAAUAGCUGUCGUAAUGGUGCUGAUCUCUUGCUACUUGGUCCUGGCUCCCAUCGUUGACAAUCCCAAUAUUGAGUACCUCUACUGCGCUAUCUUCAUCCUCAGCGGGCUCUUCCUGUACUACCUAUUUGUCUAUCUGAAGGUCAAGUGGGCACGCAGACUCAUGAGGCCGAUCACCACGCAUCUGCAACUGCUAAUGGAAGUUGUUCCUCCCGAGAAAUGUGAGUGAGGAGGUGACAACCCGGUUGACUUCAAUUUGCCUCCUGUAAGCAGGGAAGGUGCUAGACUCCUUCUGGGAAAUUUUUGGAAUACAGUACCUGACUGGAUCUGAGCCAAAACUACAGGGUUAAAUUGGUUAAAUAGCUGCAUUGAAAAAAAAAGACAUUCACAUAUUGGUCAAAAUGUACAAAAAUGAGGAUUUCCGUUUACAUUAUUCCCCAUAAAUUCAAAACCAAAUAAGUAUGUAACUUUACAAAAACUUACUGUCAGAGAGGUAGAACUAUAACUAUAUUACGAAUUCCUAUUGAAUUUCUGCAAAUUGUCAAAAAGUACAUUUUAUUUUAAUUUCAUUUGAAUAUUUUUUAACAAAUAAACUGAUGCACCGUUUUUCACUGUAUAUUAUUAUUUGUUCCAUUUUUAAAUGUUAUAAUACAAUGCCAUUAAU